UGGCCCGGAGGAGCCGUUGGGCCGGACGCUCUUGCUGGAGUGGAGGCGGCGCGGGGCGGACGGGCGGACGACACGAGGCCGGAGCGGGGGCAUCUUGGGCCGUAGCGGGGAGCCGGCGCGAUGGGCGGAGAGCAGGAGGAGGAGCGGUUCGACGGCAUGCUGCUGGCCAUGGCGCAGCAGCAUGAGGGUGGCGUGCAGGAGCUUGUGAAUACUUUCUUCAGUUUCCUGCGACGUAAAACAGACUUUUUUAUUGGAGGAGAAGAGGGGAUGGCAGAGAAGUUGAUCACACAGACCUUCAAUCACCAUAACCAGCUUGCACAGAAAGCCCGAAGGGAGAAAAGAGCCCGACAAGAGACUGAGCGUCAGGAGAAGGCAGAACGGGCAGCCAGGUUGGCCAAGGAAGCCAAGUCAGAGAACUCUGGGCCCCAAAUCAAGGAACUAACUGAUGAGGAGGCCGAGAGGCUGCAGCUAGAGAUUGAGCAGAAAAAGGAUGCAGAGAAUUCCGAGGCCCCCCUCAAGAAUGGCAAUCUUGACUCAGCAGGGAAGCAGGAGGCGGAUGAGGAGGAUGAAGACGAGGAUGAGAAGGACAAAGGAAAACUGAAACCCAACCUUGGCAAUGGGGCAGACCUUCCCAAUUACCGCUGGACCCAGACCCUGUCAGAGCUUGAUCUGGCAAUACCCUUUCGCGUGAACUUCCGGCUGAAGGGAAAGGAUGUGGUGGUGGACAUCCAGCGGCGGCAUCUCCGGGUAGGGAUUAAGGGCCAGCCUGCAGUCAUUGAUGGGGAGCUGUACAACGAAGUGAAAGUAGAGGAGAGCUCGUGGCUUAUUGAAGACGGCAAGGUGGUGACUGUGCAUUUGGAGAAGAUCAACAAGAUGGAGUGGUGGAGUCGUCUAGUGGCCAGUGACCCUGAGAUCAAUACCAAGAAGAUCAACCCUGAGAAUUCUAAGCUGUCAGACCUGGACAGUGAAACCCGCAGCAUGGUGGAGAAGAUGAUGUAUGACCAGAGACAGAAGUCCAUGGGGCUCCCCACCUCAGAUGAGCAGAAGAAACAGGAGAUCCUAAAGAAGUUCAUGGAUCAACAUCCAGAGAUGGAUUUCUCCAAGGCCAAAUUCAACUAACUCCUGUUUGCUCCUGAAACUCUUGGACUGAACCUCUAACCACCCACCUUCCCUUAUCACCCUUGCUAGGAACUUGGUGGCCUCAGGGCUUGAUACAGGCAUGGAACUGGCCCAGGCACACCUGACUGGAGGCAUUAGGGGAGAAGGGCUGGGGCCCUGGUGGUCUUUUCUUCCUCAGUUGGCCUACUGUUACACAUUAAAGCUAUUUACCCACUUC